UGGAAGCUAUCCUUCCAAGUGUCACGGUCUCUGACGCGUAUCCCAUAGUCGCAUGGGUAUGAAUACAAGUCCUUCAGUACCGUCUACGAUAAUGACUGAUGACUAGGCUGCUUGCUGUGUGAUUCUCAUCGUAUAUCGCCCACAGACCACCACCUUCGCGAUACUGAGUAUUUUGAUCGUAAUAUGCCUUGUCAAAACACUAGCUUUGAUCUAUGUUCCAAAGCAGGAACGUUUCCAGAAUCUACCUGACGUUGUUAGCUUAGUACUAUCCGUCGUUGGUAUCAUUAUCAUAUUGUGGAUGCCACUUCGUGAUCCUCGAGCACCGGCAGGAGAAAUUGCACCUGUGUAUGCAACACCUAAUCCGAGCCUACGGAGUCCAGAAGACAAGCUGACGUUAUGGGAGUACAUGACUGUUGCAUGGAUGUCGCCUUUGAUAUCGAUUGGCUACAAACGUCAGCUUAACGAUGAUGAUGUCUGGGAUCUCCCUUACGAAUUCAAACAUCGGAGGCUCUUCGACAACUUCUGCGAGUUGAAAGGCUCAGUCAUCGGAAGGUUGCUCCGGGCUAACGGGUUGGAUCUUUUGAUCAUCACUACCUUAGCUCUAUUAGAGCUUGGUGCAAAUCUUAUGGCUCCGCUACUGCUGCAGCAACUUUUGAGGGCCAUGGGAAAGGAUGACGGCCCAGAUACAUCGAGUGCGAUGACUUGGGCAAUCCUCUCACUAGUCGUACGCUUAGCUGCUGCACAGUCGGGCGUGUUCAAUCUAUGGUACUCAAGACGCGCAUAUGAGCGCUCAAGGGGCGAGCUUAUCACCAUGCUGUUUGACAAAACACUGAAGCGUAAAGUCAUUCAUGCCCAUGAGCCCUCGAUCGUAGAAGACACGAAUGCCAGAAUCGAAUCACCUGUGGCCAGCAAUAAUGAGGAGAAUCAGUCCGCAAACUCGCCCAAAUCAGGAUUCUCGAAAGUCAUCGCCAUGGUGAGACAUAUCCUUGCCAAAAAGAAACCCCAAAAAGCCUCCCCUGUGAUACCGCCAGCUUCCAUGGGAAAGAUCCUGAACUUGAUGCGUAACGACGCUUAUGAAAUCGCUCAAAGAUUUUGGGAGUUCCCGGCACUAGUUACUCAACCUUUGAGUCUUAUUCUCUCGAUAGUUCUUCUGUGGAAUAUAAUAGGGUGGCCUUGUAUCGUAGGGACAGCUGUCGUCAUCGUGGCACAGCUACUCAAUGUCCUGGUUGCCAAGAUACUCAUAUACUGGGAGAACAAACGUCGUACGGCUACAGACAUAAAGUUACAGAAAGUCACGCAGUUCGUCGAGGCUAUUCGUCAUUUACGAUGGUAUGGCUGGCAGGACUCCUGGCUGAAGGAAAUUCUUGUUGCAAGGCAACAUGAACUCAACCUUCGAGUCAUAUCUGGGCUGUGGAACCUUCUCAUCGGAUUCCUGACUGAGGCUUCCGGUGCUCUAUUCCCCGUUGUCGCAUUUUGGGCAUAUACAUCUCUUGCUCAGAUGCCACUGCCUGUAGACAUCGCAUUUCCGGCUAUUGACCUAUUCCAGAUAGUAAUCUCGAAUCUGCAGGCGCUACCCGGCCUCAUUACCGUCUUGCUCAAUGCAACUGUCGCUGUUAAUCGUUUGGAGGCGUAUAUGCUUGAAGCAGAAAGAACAGAGCGAGAUGCUCAUGACGACAAUGCUAUGGACGUAGAGUUGGUGUCCGCCACCUUUUCCUGGCCGGGUAGUAAGAAGUCGGUCAUUCGUGACGUCUCACUGAAGUUCCCUCGUGGUUUGACUGUCAUAUACGGCGAAGUUGCCAGUGGCAAGACUGCUUUACUCCAAGCCAUUUUGGGGGAGCUAGAUCAAUCAGAAGGAGAACUGAUACGCCCAAACAAGAACAUAGGAUAUUGUGCCCAGACACCUUGGCUUCAAAGUAUGAGUAUCCGGGAUAACAUCCUCUUCACAUAUCCCUAUAAUGAAGAACGGUACAAGGAAGUACUGAAUGCUUGCGCCCUCAUAUCAGAUUUGAACACCUUCAAGCACGGAGAUUUGUCCAACAUAGGUGAGAAUGGUAUUGGUUUGUCAGGCGGACAAAAAGCGCGUGUGGCACUUGCAAGGGCUGUUUACAGUCCUGCUGAGAUUAUCUUGCUUGAUGAUCCUCUAUCAGCUUUAGACCAUCAGACGGCUGAACAUAUAGUACAAAAGUGUAUUUCUGGGCGGCUACUGGAAGGUCGUACCACAGUUCUAGUCACACAUCGUACACAACUUUGUCGAGGACUAGCCAAACAGUGGGUUGAAAUCAUUGAUGGCAAGACCCGAGUGCUUGACCCUGUCACAACAGGACUACAAUCAAGUAUCCGCGGUGGGCCAAUAACAGAGGACCUAGAGGCUGAUGAUCAAGCUUGUCAGCGGGAGGAAGAGACUGCAAUUCCUGAAAAGUUUAUCGAAGACGAACAUCGUGCACAUGGCGAGGUCCAGGCGAAGGUGUACUGGGAAUACAUCAAAGCUGGCAAGUACAGAUGGUGGGCGCUGCUAAUACUUAUCAUGAUCAUAUAUCGCAUCGCAGAUCUACUACAAACCUGGUUUAUUAAGGAAUGGGGCGAAGCAUACAAAGCAUCCUCGACUGCGCGCAAAGGUCUUUUCAACCAGCUCCCGUCUCCUCAGGUAGAUGUUGAUCCCUGGCUCAAGGUUUUCCUUCUACUCGCAAUUGUUAGUGCUUUGUUGUCCACGAUGGCACGCGGAUUCACGAUGGUAGUAGUAUAUGUGGCCGGAAAAAGCAUGUUCAAAGAGGUGAUGGCUAGCGUUAGUCACGCGACUUUCCGUUUUUAUGAUGUUACCCCUGUCGGACGCCUCAUGAAUAGGCUUACAUCCGACAUGAAUACCGUUGAUGGCCAGAUUAGCAUAAUUUUGAUCAUGGCUGUCUUUACUGGAGUUACUUGGAUGUCCUCCAUCGCCGUAGUUGCCACUGCUACGCCUCUGUUCCUCAUAUUUGCAGUCAUCCUGAGCUCUGCGUUUGUUGUAACAUUCCUGAGAUUCUUACCUACUUCACAGAGUCUACGAAGGCUCGAGAUGGUCUCCCUUACGCCGUUGCUCUCCAACUUCGGAGCUCUGGCUGAAGGUCUAACAACAAUCAGGGCAUUCUGCGCACAGCAUCAAUUCAUUGAACGAGUCAUCGUUGUCACCGAUAAAUUCCAGAAGAUGGACCACUUCUAUUGGAGUCUACAAGCAUGGCUUGCCUAUCGCUUUGAUAGCCUGUCAGCUCUCUCGACUUUUAUCCUUACAUUGCUAGCUCUUUACUCAGGAGUCUCUCCGGGCCUCACUGCGUUUGUGUUGAUCGCCGCAGCUAAAUUCGUCCAAUCUACUCACUUGCUUUGUCGUAUUUACGGAGCGAUUCAGAUGGACUUUGUAUCGGUUGAACGAGUGGUCGAAAUGCUCCAUCUUGAGCAAGAACCCAAGGGGUCGAUCGAUCCGCCAGCCUGGUGGCCAUCGUAUGCUGGUGACAUCGUCUGGGAAAAGGCAACAAUUCGAUAUGCGCCGAACCUAGAUCCAGCUUUACAAGAGGUGUCGGUGCGUAUUCCUGCUGGGUCGAACACAGCAAUUGUUGGCCGCACAGGAUCCGGUAAAAGCACUUUUGCCCUAGCUCUGCUAGCCACUAUCACUCCCGAGGCCGGGCGUAUACUCAUCGACGGCAUUAACAUCGCUGAGGCAAACCAUCAAACGCUAAGGUCACGUGUUACAUUCCUCGCCCAAGAUCCAGUUCUUUUUCCAGGAACCUUACGCGACAAUCUCGACCCCUUAUCCGAAUACACCGACGAAGCUUGCGAAGAAGUGUUAAAAAAGAUCGCCGAGCGUCAUGGUUGGACUCUCAACACCUCAAUCGAAGCAGGCGGCAAAAAUUUGAGUCAGGGACAGCGACAGCUUGUCGGACUUGCAAGGGCAAUGUUGCGGCAGAGCUCAAUUAUCAUUCUCGAUGAGGCUACAGCAUCAAUCGAUCUAGACACUGCAAAUGAAAUACAGAGGGUAUUGAGAGAGGAGAUGAAACAAAGCACUGUGAUCACCAUUGCCCAUAGACUAGAGGCGGUACAGCAUGCAGAUUAUUGUAUUGUAUUGGAGAAGGGCAGGGUUCUACAGUCGGGGAAGGCGGAGGAUAUCAUAAAGACGGAAAUGUUUACCUGAAAAGGUUGAUAAAGCUGGCGAUAACGCCUGCAGAUCUAAACAGACGAACGUCGGUCAAAGAUCUUUCAAUCGGCCGAGGAGCUUCAUGCUGAGUCUUCAUCCAGUCUUAGAAGUGUUAGAUAUGCUUGAGUUCUUUAACAAGUUCUUUCCCCAAC